UGGUAGGACUGCUGAGACGCUGCAUGGAGGCCCCCAUGACUGGCGGGUUGCCUCGGAGACCACACAUGCUCCACGUCAAUGACAAGAAGCUUCACAGGUUGCUGAGUAGGUGUGAGAAGGCCCUCACCAUUCUGAAGGUGGUUCUGUGGCCCCAGGCUCUGGGUGACUGGGGCCUCACAGAGGUGGAGCAGGUGGACGGAGGAGAGUCCUUCAGCAUGCGCUGGCCUCCGACCUGCUACUGUCACGUGUGUAAGAAACACUCCUUCCCCAGUCAGCUGAAACCAUGGUAAGGCAAG